AUCAUCAUGGAAGGUUCAGCGUUCUCAAAACCCUCUAAAGAUAAGACUCACUCGGGAGCCCCGCUAAUCAUCUUAUGGGCCCUGCUAGGACUAGAAAAAGGGGGGAUGGCCAGGAGCCCUCAUACUAUUUAUAAUAUAACUUGGAAAGUCACUAACCUUAUGACAGGGCAGGUUGUCAAUUCCACCUCCAUGUUGGGGACUACAAAGGAUGCUUUCCCAACCCUAUACUUUGACCUCUGUGACCUAGUGGGGGACUCAUGGAAUCCAUCAGACCAGGAGCCAUUCCCCGGGUAUGGCUGCCACCACCCCGGGGGACGGCAUGGGACAAGAGCCAGGGAUUUCUAUGUGUGCCCAGGUCAAAAUUUUAGGAAGGAAUGCGGGGGGCCCGCAGAUGGGUACUGUGCCCAAUGGGGCUGCGAAACCACAGGAGAUGCCUAUUGGAAGCCGUCCUCAUCCUGGGACCUAAUCACCCUCAAGCGAGGAACCACCCCUGGUUUUACGGGUGCAGGACCUUGGGUAUGCACGUCUACCGAUGGCAAACCCAAGGACUGGUGUGGCCCCUGUUAUGACUCCUCGUCUAAAAAGGUUCCAGGGGCCACCCUAGGGGGCAGAUGCAAUCCUCUAGUUCUCGAUUUUACCGCCCAAGGUAAAGCAGCAAUCUGGGAUGGUCCCAAGUCCUGGGGACUGCGCCUCUAUCGCUCGGGAUAUGACCCCAUCACUAUGUUCUCCCUAACGAGGCAAGUGACCUCUGCCUCACCAACAGUACUUGUCGGGCCAAACCCGGUCGUGUCAGAACAGAAGCCCCCUUCUCAGCCGGCACCCCCUCCCAGACCCAGACCAGCUCCUGCCCACAAUCCCUCCACCACCAUGGUCCCACCCACGCACAAUGACACCCCAGCAGGACCAACUCCUCCGGGUACAGGGGACAGACUCCUCAAUCUAAUCCAGGGGGCAUAUUCGACCCUUAACUACACCAGCCCGAACUUAACCGAAGAAUGCUGGUUAUGUCUGGUUUCCAGGCCCCCAUACUAUGAGGGAGUGGCUAUAAUUGGCAAUUAUACCAACCAAACUGAGGCCACGACCUAUUGUGCAUCCCCUUCCCAACAUAAACUUACCCUGUCAGAGGUGUCGGGUCGAGGGACCUGUAUAGGAACGGUCCCUCAAACUCAUAAGUCACUGUGCAAUGGUACCCAUCCACUUCAGACUAACUCCACUGGAUAUCUGGUGGCACCCAACGGGACCUACUGGGCAUGCAGUACGGGUCUCACUCCCUGUGUUUCCCUUACGGUCCUUAAUGCAGCUUCUGAUUAUUGCGUGUUAAUAGAGCUAUGGCCCAGAGUGACCUAUCAUACCCCCUCAUAUGUUUAUGAGCAAUUUGAAGAGAGACCACGAAUUAAACGAGAGCCAGUGUCCCUCACACUGGCCCUCAUGCUGGGAGGACUAACCGUGGGGGGAAUAGCUGCGGGAGUAGGAACAGGGGCCGCUGCGCUGGUUGAGACCCAACAGUUCCAGCAAUUACAGGCAGUCAUGCACACCGAUAUCAGGGCUUUGGAAGAAUCAGUCAGUGCCUUAGAAAAGUCCUUGACCUCCUUAUCCGAAGUGGUCCUUCAGAACAGACGGGGGUUGGAUGUUCUAUUCCUACAGCAGGGGGGGCUUUGCGCAGCCCUAAAAGAGAAAUGUUGCUUCUAUGCUGAUCACACAGGUGUUGUCAGGGACAAUAUGGCAAAACUCAGGGAACGAAUCAAGCAAAGACAGCAGUUAUUUGAAUCACAACAAGGUUGGUUCGAGGGUUGGUUCAAUAGAUCUCCAUGGUUAACCACCCUAGUCUCGUCCAUAAUGGGACCCCUCAUGAUUAUACUAUUAAUCUUGCUGUUUGGGCCUUGUAUCCUCAACCGUUUGGUUCAGUUCAUGAAGGACAGGAUGGCAGUCAUACAAGCCUUGGUCUUGACCCAACAAUACCACCAACUUAAGCAAUUCGACCCUGAAAAUGCAGAAAACCGAGUCAGCUAA